UUUUUGAAAUACAAAACAAAAACGGCUUCUUGAAAACUUUAUUUAGGGCAAAAAUUAUGGAGAUGGAUGAUAAAAAAGAAUUUGAAUUGGAUGUAACAAUGGAAACUCGUUCCCGAUAUAAACUUCGUUCAUCUCUCAAGAAAGUAAAGUCGAGAAACUCUUUAGAGGCUGAGGAAGUGAAUUCAGAUAUUACACUUAAUCCACCGCCAAGAAGAGUUAGUUUUGCAUCAAGCAACUAUAUCAAACCUUUCAUUGAUGAUCCCGAAAGAAAUACUAUAUGGGACAACACAUAUGAAGAAGAAGUUGACCAUAUAGAUUCAACAAAAUCAGAAGCCUCAUCACUUAAAACACAGAGUAUUACAUUUGAAAGGAUUCGUACUGAAACCAUUCAAACAAAUAAGCAAAAAAUUACAAAUAAAACAGUAAUAUUUGAUCAAAGUGCGAUGGACUUAGAAUAUACUCUUGAACCACAAAGUAUACUGAAGAAAACAAAAGAGACUUAUGAGCAGUCUGCUUUAGCUAUGGAGAUGACUUGUAAUUGGACUAAUAAAAUUGUGGAGUCUAGUAAGUUCUGGAAAGAAGAAACAGUUAGUAAUAAGGAAAACAUUUUUGUAAAUUUUGUUGUUAAUCAUGAACCUUUAAACAAAAUUCAAGACUUUUCACAGCAACAACAAACCAACCAAUCAAGUGAUCAUACAGAAUUUCAGUGUAAUAAUGAUAAUAAUGUGAUACUUAAUCCAAACAGAACAAUAAUGAAUGAUACAGAAAUGGAAUUUACAUGCAAGUAUAAUUUUCCUUCAAAUAUAAUAUCAAAAGAACCUGUCGAGUGUGCUUCUGAUAAAGGAGAAGAGUCAAUGGAAUUUACUUGUCAAUAUAAUUUUGUACCUCCUGUUAAUUCUGGAACAGUUCCAUUAAAAAAUAACGAAAGUGACAUGAAAGAGAUGGAACAGUCAGUUUUUAAAGAACCAUUUUUAUCUACUUCAAAAAAACAAAAUUCCAUAAAUAAAUGUCAAAAUAAGCCAAUUAAAAUUCAAACUUUUGGUGGUAUUCCAAUUGCUGUUGACUUAUCCAAUCAAAGUACAGAGUCGUUAUUGGAAAGAUCAGCCAAUGAUCAGAAUAUAAAGAAAGUUAUGACAAUCGAGGAAAAUAAAAGUAUAGAUUUAUCUUCAAGAAAUGUCAUAAAUGUUAAAUCAGUUGGUCAACAAGAAUCAGUUAAAUUAAGAACUUUUGGUGGUAUUCCUAUUGCUGUUGAUCUGUCCAAUCAAAGUACAGAGUCAUUAUUGGAACAAUCAGCCAAAGAUAUGAAUAUAAAGAAAGUAAUGAUAACUGAGGAUAAAAAAAGUAAAGAUUUAUCUUCCAAAAAUGACACAAAUGAUAAACAUGUUCUUCAACAAGUUAAAUCAAGAACUUUUGGUGGUAUUCCUAUUGCUGUUCAUCAAUCCAAUCAAAGUACAGAGUCACUAUUGGAACAAUCAGCCAAAGAUACAAAUAUAACGAAAAUAAUGUUAAUUGAGGAUGAAAAAAGUAAAGAUUUAUGUUCCAAAAAUGACACAAAUGAUCAACAUAUUCUUCAACAAGUUAAAUUAAGAACUUUUGGCGGUAUUCCUAUUGCUGUUGAUCAAUCCAAUCAAAGUACAGAGUCAUUAUUGGAAAGAUCAGCCAACAAUCAAAAUAUAAAGACAGUAAUGAUAAUUGAGGAUGAAAAAAGUAAAGAUUUACCUUCCAAAAAUGACAAAAAUGAUAAACAUGUUCUUCAACAAGUUAAAUCAAGAACUUUUGGUGGUAUUCCUAUUGCUGUUGAUCAGUCAAAUCAAAGUACAGAGUCAUUAUUGGAACAAUCAGCUAAAGAUAUGAAUAUAAAGAAAAUAAUGAUAACUGAGGAUGAAAACAGUAAAGAUUUAUUUUCCAAAAAUGACACAAAUGAUAAACAUGUUCUUCAACAAGUUAAAUCAAGAACUUUUGGUGGUAUUCCCAUUGCUGUUGAUCAAUCCAAUCAAAGUACAGAGUUAUUAUUGGAAAGAUCAGCCAAUGAUCAAAAUAUAAACAAAGUAAUGAUAUUUGAGGAUAAUAAAAGUAUAGAUUUUUCUUCCAAAAAUGACACAAAUAACAUACAUGUUCUUCAACAAAUUAAAUUAAGAACUUUUGGCGGUAUACCAAUUGCUACUGAUGUGAGUGAAAUGUCUAUCGAUUUGACAAGGGGUACUAAUCAAAAUAGUUUACAUGAUACUAAUAAAGACACUGGACUACAUGAAAGUAGCAAGGGAAUGUCUCAAAAAUCAUUUGGAGUAUAUAUGUCCGGUAGCAUUCCAAUUGCAACUGAUCAACCAGAUGAAAGUCUCGAUUUGACACUUAAAAAAAAGGAACAAUUUGUGGAAUUGGUUUCUGAAGAGAACAGUAAAGACAAAGUUCCUGUAGAACAACCAAAUAGUUUGCUGACAAAUAUAAUGUCUCCGAAUAAGAUAGAUGACAAAGAUCAAAAUAGGAAUACUUCAAUAUUACCAACACAUUUUGAUGGUACAAACAACGAAAUCUAUAAUAAUGAGUAUAUUAUUGAAAAUGAAAGCAAAUUACUGUGCAGCCGUCUACCUCUUGAGGAGAAUAAAACAUUUUUAGAUUCACUUGCUCGAGACAACUUAAACCAACUCAGUCUUGAUAUGGAAGAAUGUAAUUUAGUGGACACUUUAUCCAGUUCAAACGAGUCAGAAUCGAAGCAUUUCGCCUGUCAGCUUAGUUGUAAUGGUGGUGACCGAACAGAACCCGAAUUGCCACUGCCUAAAGAUUUUUCCGUUAACGAUACAGGAACAAAUUUUCAAAACAGUUUCAACAAAAUAGGUAACAAAGUGGCUUAUUCGGUACCAAUGGGAGUUGUGAAAGGCUCUGGUCUGGAUUUACUCAACUUUAAUAGCAUGUAUAGUGCAGAAGACACCCAACAAUUAAUUGAGGCAGCGUCCUCCUCUGAUCCGCCUUUUCAAUCCAUUGACGGAGAAAGAGCAGAAGCACCACAUAUGUCCGGGAACGUCAGUAUAACUCAGCCAAACGAUACUUUCAGCAAAACACAAUCCAUCCUAAAUGAUAUAGAAAAUAAAGUGAUGACUUUCAAAUUUCCACCUAUAGAUUAUGAAGGUAUAAUGUCUAAAUUGAAAGAUUCGCAAAGGUUUCGAGCUGAAAUUGAGACUGCACUGAAAGGACUUAGGUCCAUAGACGUAGCCGAUUUCGAUUUGGAAAAGAGACGCAGAAGCAGUAUUGCGAAUUCUACCGGCAAUGAAAUGACAAGUAACAGCAAUAGUUUCAAUGAAAUGACUGAGUCUGGAGACGAUGAAAACAGUAGCUCCAUAAUGGAACAUAUGAAAAGUUUAGAGCAGCGUGUUAAGGAAGUUUGUGCAAGGUCAAAUGGUUUGUUAAGUCUAUAUCAUUCUGUGAAUAACUGUUAUAUUUUGGAAAUAUUACACGGUCUUAUCCAAAUAUUUGUGCGAGUUCAUCCAGAAGAUAGUCGCGUGGCUGAAAUAGAGUACGACUCUUGUGUUAAUGAAUCAGCAGCUACAAUUAUCCAUUUUAAAGUACACAACAUCAAACAGAAAUUGGAACCGGUAAAUUUGAAAUCUUACCUAGGAUCAUACUACGACAUUUUAUCACUUUUGGAUUACGUUUGCCUGACGGUAGAGGAUUUCGAGAGGUUCCAUUCUGAAUUUAUAAUAUUGCAACGUAAACACGCUACAUUGAAAAUUGAGAAAGAUUUAAGCAUAUUGUUUGAGGUUCUGAACGCUUCUCCGCCAGUCUGGUGGACGAUACGUUUCGGGAUGUCCUCGACAAAUAAAAUACUAUUUGAGAGUGCACAAUCGCGCUAUGGCCAUAUCAAUGAAGAGCACAUCAAACAAAUUUCAAGAGAUGUUCCAGAGGAUUUAAGUUGUUUGGGGAAUUUUAUCGAUAAAGUUGCCGAGUAUUGCAAAAAGACGCUGGUAGGACUUAAGAACAUAAAACGGAGUUAGUGUUAGUGUGCAGAAGUAGUGUAUCGGUUUAAAGUAUAAAAGAAAGAUGCAUUUAUAUUUUCUGCAAUAGUUGAUGAUAGUAUACUUAUAAAAGAAUAUACUGUGUGUAUUGCACGAAUUCUUGUCUCAUUCCAUAUAUGUCUAUGUAUCUUUGGUUUAGCUGACGAUUACUACGCUUGCUCAGCGAUUGAGCUCUCUGAUUGGGCUGUUCUUAGUCAUACGUUUGACAGAUUAUUAAAUGUAUUUAAAAUAAAACACAAACAAGUUACUUGUCAAUAACUAAAUAUCGCAAAUGCUUUGGGCCCCAAACAGUAUAUUAAUUAUAAAAUAAUAAAUAUAGGAAAGAAAUAUUUGCUUGCAGUCUUAUUUUAAUUCCAUCAGAAUGUAAAAAAAUAUCCUGAUGAUCUGAAUUGUAUAUAUGUAGUAUUUGUUAUUUAUGUAUACAUUAUUUGUCAUUUUAAGAUUAUUUCUGUGUAUAAAUAAAAAAUUAUCUAAAUUUUA